UCCAAAUAAGUGUGUGUCAGUGUAGUGCUUCUUCCCAAAUAAGUGUGUGUAAGUGUUGAGCUUCUUCGCAAAUAAGUGUGAGUCAGUGUAGUGCUUCUUCACAAAUAAGUGUGUGUCAGUGUAGUGCUUCUUCCCAAAUAAGUGUGUGUCAGUGUAGUGCUUCUUCCCAAAUAAGUGUGUAUCUGUGUAGUGCUUCUUCCCAAAUAGGUGUGUGUCUGUGUAGUGCUUCUUCCCAAAUAUGUGUGUGUAGUGUAGUGCUUCUUCCCAAAUAAGAGUGUGUAGGUGUUGAGCUCCUUCGCAAAUAAGUGUGAGUCAGUGUAGUGCUUCUUCCCAAAUAUGUGUGUCUAGUGUAGUGCUUCUUCCCAAAUAAGUGUGUGUCAGUGUAGUGCUUCUUCCCAAAUAAGAGUGUGUAAGUGUUGAGCUUCUUCGCAAAUAAGUGUGAGUCAGUGUAGUGCUUCCUCCCAAAUAGGUGUGUGUCUGUGUAAUGCUUCUUCCCAAAUAAGUGAGCGUCAGUGUAGUGCUUCUUCCAAAAUAAGUGAGUGUCAGUGUAGUGAUUCUUCCCAAAUAAGUGUGUGUCGGUGUAGUGCUUCUUCCCAAAUAGGUGUGUGUCAGUGUAGUGCUUCUUCCCAAAUACCUGUGUGUCAGUGUAGUGCUCUUCCCAAAUGAGUGUGUGUCUGUGUAGUGCUACUUCCCAAAUAAGUGUGUGUCUGUGUAGUGCUUCUUCCCAAAUAGGUGUGUGUCUGUGUACUGUUUCUUCCCAAAUAGAUGUGUGUCUGUGUCGUGCUUCUUCACAAAUAAGUGUGUGUCAGUGUAGUGCUUCUUGCCAAAUAAGUGUGUGUCAGUGUAGUGCUUCUUUCCAAAUAAGUGUGUGUAAGUGUCGAGCUUCAUCGCAAAUAAGUUUGAGUCAGUGUAGUGCUUCUUCCCAAAUAAGUGUGUGUCAGUGUAGUGCUUUUUCCAGAAUAAGUGUGUGUCAGUGUAGUGCUUCUUCCCAAAUAAGUGUGUGUCAGUGUAGUGCUUCUUCCCAAGUAAGUGCGUGUCUGUGUACUGCUUCUUCCCAAAUAAGUGUGUGUCUGUGUAGUGCUUAUUCCCAAAUAGGUGUGUGUCUGUGUAGUGCUUAUUCCCAAAUAGGUGUAUGUCAGUGUAGUGCUUCUUCCCAAAUAGGUGUGUGUCUGUGUAGUGCUUCUUCCGAAAUAGGUGUGUGCCUGUUUAGUGCUUCUUCCCAAAUAGGUGUGUGUCAGUGUAGUGCUUCUUCCCAAAUAGGUGUGUGUCUGUGUAGUGCUUCUUCCCAAAUAAGUGUGUGUCUGUGUAGUGCUUCUUCCCAAAUAUGUGUGUGUCAGUAUAGUGCUUCUUCCCAAAUAGGUGUUUGUCAGUGUAGUCCUUCUUCCCAAAUAAGUGUGUGUCCGUGUAGUGCUUCUUCCCAAAUAGGUGUGUGUCAGUGUAGUGCUUCUUCCCAAAUAGGUGUGUGUCUGUGUAGUGCUUCUUCCCAAAUAGGUGUGUGUCUGUGUAGUGCUUCUUCCCAAAUAGGUGUGUGUCUGUGUCGUGCUUCUUCCCAAAUAGGUGUGUGUCAGUGUAGUACUUCUUCCCAAAUAAGUGUGUGUCAUUGUAGUGCUUCUUCCCAAAUAAGUGUGUGUAAGUGUCGAGCUUCUUCCCAAAUAAGUGUGUGUCUGUGUAGUGCUUCUUCCCAAAUUGUGCUCCUUCCCAAAUAG